AUGAUGGAGUCCUGGCCAACAGUGGCCUGGGUCCUGCUAAUGACCAACAUUGCUAACUGGCUGAAAACAGUCCAGUCACGGGACUUCACCAUGAAGGACAUCAUCCUGCUGCAUCCCUCAACUACACCUCAUCCUGGUGGCUUCAAGUGCUUCACGUGUCAAGAUGCUCCAGACAACUAUGAGUGUAAUCGUUGGGCACCAGAUGUGUACUGUCCAAAAGGUACCAGGUACUGUUACACACUCCACAUGAUGGAUAACCAUGGCGACAGUGUAUCUGUGACCAAACGCUGUGUGUCCCUGGAGAACUGUCUCUUCACUGGCUGUGCUCAUGUCACUGAUAAUGGCUAUAAGGUGUGCUCGUCCUGCUGUGAGGGGAACAUCUGUAAUUUGCUGGUGCCGAAAAACGAGAGCAGCGCUGUUUUCUCCUCCACUUCUCCUCUGUACAGCAAGGGCACAGGCCUUCAUCCUACAACACUGAGCUACAUCGUCAUCAGCAUCCUCACUGCAAGACAAGUUUGA